CUUAAGUGGCUACUUAUGGAAGGAAAAUCUGGGCUACUAAUAUAAAACCAAAUAGCUAAAAGCUCUGAGAUGGGCAUCUCCUAUCAAAUGCUUUUGUAUUUUUUUUGGCUAAUAUUGGCAGUCACAACAACAGGCCAAGAUGAGUGCUCUGAGAUAAAGUGCGGCCGCGGUGGUCCGGCUGUCCGGUUUCCCUUCAAGAUUAAGGGGAAGCACCCAAGUCACUGUGGCUAUCCUGGAUUUGACCUCUCUUGCAAUGAAAAUCAGCAGCCUGUGUUGGAGUUGCCAGGUUCAGUCAAAUUCAUAGUCCAGAAAAUAAAUUACGAGUCCAAGGUGAUAGAUGUCUCUGACCCCGAUAAUUGCCCACAAAGGAGCAUUAGAAACCUCGACAUAUCAGCCUCCCCUUUCAAUUAUUAUACUUUAUCAGUGUAUAACGUCACUUUUUUCUACUGUUCUGGUAGUUCAAGUCCAACAGGAUAUGAUAGGGUGACUUGCCUUGAGAGCACCCCAGGAGACCCGGUUUAUUCUGUUCCUUCAGACAGCUAUAUAUAUGAUUCCAGCGAUACCAUUUUGAAUUGCGAGAAAAUGUACGACAUUUUCUCAGUUCCCAGGGAGAUUGUUUAUGACAGAAGUGAUGUUCUUCAAUUGAAUUGGACAAGACCAGACUGCUGGACCUGUGAAUUUGAAGACAAGAAAUGUAGAUUGAACACUACCAGUACAAAAAAUGAGAUUGAGUGUUAUGGAAAGCUAAGAGAAAAGACGGAUGUAGGGAAGAUACUGUUAAUUGCAGGUUCCGUCCUCGGUACCAUCGUAAUUGUGAUUCUGUUCUUAGCAUUUUACAGUACGUACAGAGCAAAAAGGAUACAGGAAGAGAAUCAAGCGAGGGUUGAGAUGUUUUUGGAGGAUUACAAGGCUUUUAAGCCUGCAAGAUAUACUUACAAUGACAUCAAGACGAUUACAGAUGACUUCAAAGAUAAACUGGGUCAAGGAGGUUACGGAACUGUGUACAAAGGAAAGCUGUCUAAUGAAGUUACAGUUGCAGUUAAGAUUCUUGUCAAUUCCAAAGGAGAUGGAGUAGAAUUCAUCAACGAAGUGGGUACAAUGGGUCGAAUUCACCAUGUUAAUGUGGUUCGCUUGGUUGGUUAUUGUGCUGACGGAUACAGAAGAGCUCUAGUCUAUGAGUUCUUGCCAAAUGAUUCACUAGAGAAGUUCAUAUUUUCAGAAAAUGGCAACAAAGAUCAAUCCCUCAGUUGGGAGAAGCUUCAUGGUAUCGCUUUAGGCAUAGGCAAAGGAAUUGAAUAUCUUCACCAAGGCUGCGAACAGAGGAUUGUUCAUUUCGACAUCAAGCCUCACAAUAUAUUGCUAGACCAAAAUUUCAAUCCAAAGAUCUGCGAUUUUGGUCUGGCGAAAUUGUGUUCCAAGGAUCAAAGUGUUGUUUCAAUGACUGCAGCAAGGGGCACCAUGGGCUACAUUGCACCAGAAGUAUUUUCAAGGAACUUUGGCAAUGCCUCACACAAGUCAGAUGUUUAUAGUUUCGGAAUGUUGCUGCUUGAAAUGGUCGGGGGAAGGAAAAACGUCGAUGCCACAGUUGAGAAAACCAGUCAAGUAUUCUUUCCAGAGUGGGUGUAUACUAAACUAAGUCAAGGAGAAGAGCCAGUGAUUCGAAUUGAUGAAGACGUUGAUCCUACUACUGCUAAGAAGUUGAUGAUUGUUGGGCUCUGGUGCAUUCAGUGGAAUCCAGCAGACCGCCCUUCCAUGAGAGUUGUGGUUCAAAUGUUAGAAGGGGAAGAUGAGAAUUUAACUUUGCCUCCUAAUCCCUUUGCUGCCAACAAGGGAGCAAGAAUGAAUGUAGGUAUGCCAGGAAUGCCAUUCCAUGAACAUCACUUAACAGUCAUCUCAGAAGCAGAAGAAAGUAUAUAAGUUGAAGUAAUCUGUUAGAGAUAUAGAAACUACAUUGUUCAUAUUAAUCAAUUCAUGUAAUACCUUAUUACUUAUCAAUUCCCACCAAUAAUCCCAUUCUGAUGUACAUUGAUUGUUAAAAUCAUCAGCUGUAGCAUCAGUCGAGGCAGAAAUGCAAUACCAGGAAACUUUGGCUGAUGGUAUA